AUGAGCAGUGUCGACGCGGCCAGUGAACCCGCCCCAGCUCUUGCUCUAUCCUCGUCCCCUGCAGACCAGCCGCCAGCCCCGUCUGAUGCUCCCCUUCUUCCCGAGCCCCCUUCCACUGCCGAGACGCAUACACCCACACCCGAGGUAGAAACAAAUGCUCCCUCGACGAGCGCCGCAGAGGGUGGCAGCGCGCCGGUCCUCGUCGGCGACUCUUCCUCGUCCCAGGGCGAAGUUUUGGUCAGCAGCACGGUUGGAGAGGCUAUGGAGGGCGCGGAUGCGGAGCAGGUCGCGGGAGGGAUAGACGAGUCUCAGCAGUGGACUGACGACGACAGUCACGAGCUCAAACGCGUCAAAGUGUACGAACUCAUGGGUUCCCGGUGGGUCGACCAAGGCACCGCGUUCUGCUUCGGCGACUUUCAGGACAACGAGGCCCUGCUCAUCGCACGCGCCGAGGAAGACUUCAACCGCAUUAUCCUCACGACCACUAUACGAGCCACCGACGUGUAUCAACGACAACAAGAGACUUUAAUCGUUUGGACAGAACCGGAUGGUGUCGACUAUGCGCUCAGUUUCCAGGAUCCCGAGGGAUGCGCAGAGGUAUGGCAAUUUAUUGAGGAAGUUCAACGGCAUAUGAACUCGGGAGAAGACAUGGCUCUGACAUCUUCACCGCUUAUUGGCCCCGAGGGCCCUGACCAGUCUAUCACAACGGCCAACAUCAUCCGUUCAGGCCGCCUGCCGCAGCCUCAGAUGGGAAUUAUUGGAGAGAUAGACACUGCGAUCAAGACGCUGGCCAGGACAGCGGUGGUGAAGGAAAGGGUAUGCGAGUACAUUCAAAAUGAGGAAUACAUCAAAGCCCUCAUAGAUGUCUUUCAACAAGCGGAAGACCUCGAAAGCCUUCCGGACCUGCAUGCAUUGUUCGGUUGCAUGCAAACCAUUCUUCUGCUCAACGAACACAGUCUCUACGAACAUAUUCUCGAUGACGAAAUCUUCGUUGGAGUUGUCGGGAUGCUCGAAUACGACCCCGAGUUCCCGAACUACAAAGCCAACUAUCGCGAAUUCCUCCGAGAUACAUCCCACUACCACCAACCCAUCCCCAUCCGUGAUGAAACUAUCCAGCGCAAAAUCCACCACACGUAUCGUCUCCAGUUCCUCAAGGAUGUCGUGCUCGCGCGGGCGAUCGACGACUCGACGUUCAAUGUGCUCAACUCCUCCAUCAUUUUCAACCAGAUCGACAUCAUUACCCAUGUCCAAAACGACCAGGCUUUCUUGCGCGAGAUAGCUGGCAUGUUCAUGGACGAUGACCUACUCGCCCUCCUCGGUCUCCCAACAAAACAUUCUGCAGAAGCGUCCAAGGAGCCGUCGUCAGAACCCGACAAGAUGGACGUAGACUCCGGUGUGAAGCAGAACGGUGCGCCGAACGGUCAUACCGAGGACUCAUCAACCUCAGACAACGCGCUGCCGGCGGAGGAGCUCACACGACGACGAGAGGUGGUCUUCCUCGUCCAGCAACUAUGCAUGAUGGGCAAGAACGUGCAGCUCCCCGCGCGCAUGGCGUUGUUCCGCGCGCUCGUCGACCGCGGCAUCGUUUUCGCCGUCCAGUGGGGGCUCUCGCAGCCCGAAAGCGACGAGCAGGGCCGACAGAUGAUAGCGACCUCCGGGGAAGUUAUGAUGGCUCUGCUCGACCAUGACCUCAACGGCGUUCGGGGACACGUGCUGAAGCAACUCGGGACCAUGGAACGGGAGAAGGCGAAUGGCAGGGAUGUGCGCAACAAGGAGACGGUUCUCAUGCUCAUGUGCAAGGUCCUUGUUCGAAGUCGCGACCUCGCAGUACAGAGUUUGGUCGGGGAGGCGUUGAAGCUGCUAUUGGAACUCAUGACUGGCGACGGGAUGGAUGGUCCAAACAUCGGUCUCAAGAUGCUCCAGCAACGAGCAAAGGACGAUCCUGGAAUCGAGAAGUUUCUCGAUUAUUUCUAUAAGUUCUGCAUAGAUAUUCUCUUCAAGCCAUUCCAGGAGAUUCCGGAGGCCAAGGAUGUCUCAGAACCCACGUUCGUUCUGUCGCCAGAAAAGACCAACCUCUUCCUUUGGCUAUGCGAUCUUAUCUCCAACUUCACCCAGCAACACUCCUUCCGCAGUCACUUCUACGUGCUCUCGUCCAACAUUGCUCCUCGUAUUGCUACCCUCCUCCGUUCCAAAGAUAAGCACCUACGACUAGCUGCUUUUCGCUUCUUCCGCACCUGUCUUCGGUUGAAGAACGGCAAUGUAUGCAAGUACCUCAUCAAGAGUGAUGUAUUCAAGCCCAUUUUGGACCUCACCACCCGCGAGUGUCGACGUGACAACCUAGUCAGCUCAACGUGCCUUGAGUUCUUUGACUUUAUGCGUCGAGAAAACGUCAAAGAUGUGAUCAGCCAUUGCAUGACAAAGCACGGUGAACUGGUCAAAUCAUUAGCGGAGUCCCCAUUGGUCGGUUCGAGGUUCAAAGACUUCAUUGCGCGGUGGGAGAUGAACAUCGAGCCGCCACCACUGGAGAAGAUGGACAAGCCUGCAACACCACAACGCUGGACGCAGCCUCGGCUGCUCGACACAGCCGAGGAGGACUACUUCAACGCCGAUGACGACGAGGAGGUCAACACAAGCACCCCGCCACGCGGCAUGCACAACGGCCGCCUGCGGAAACGGCCGCGGGGCUCCGCGAUCCCAGUGCGCGCCGGCCCCAAGCCCUUCAACGCCCUGUCCCGCGGCACACCACCGCUCGGGAGCCUGGUCGACUACGGCGACGGCGACGACGCCGCCGCAGAUGGCGAGAACGUGAUGCCGACCCCAGGCCGCGCUUCGCCCAUCCCCGGCGGCUUCGUGCCCCCGUCGUACAACGCAAUUCCCGCGUCGGAGUCAGGCGGCGGGCCGCCCGCCAGCCCGCGCAUCGCGCACCGGAUGGUGCUCAAGCCGCCGCUUUCGCUUUCGGACGACAGCGACAUCCUCGAGGAGCUCUCGAAGGGCAACCCGUCGCUGAUCCCCAAGAUCUCUGGGCUCGGCGACGGCGCGCUCGGCGCGAAACGCCGGCGGGACGUCGACGACGACGAUGAGCUCCUCGAGCGCCUCGCGAAGGCGAAGCGGCCCACGCCGAGCCCCAGUCCCAGUCCUAGCCCCGUCUCCGCGAGUGCUGGGGCGCCGCGGUCGGACGGGCUGGGACCCGUCCCGCCGGACGCACCCGAGGAGCUACUGAAGCUGGGGCUGGGGGCAAACCGCAAGACGAUCAAGAUCAAGGUGUCGCCCAAAAGCGCGGCCGCGGCCGCGGCGGGGGGCGCGAAGGGCGGCUCUCCGGGGGCUUCAAGUCCGGGCUCGAAGGAGGGGGACAACGGCUAG